AUUUUAACGUUUAGAUAGAUAUAUCUGUGUAUUUAUUGUGAAUGGAACGUUAAAAAGUAGUUGGCCAACGAACUAGCUGUGUGACUAAGAGCCACAUGCCAAAUUCAUCAUUGGUCAGCGGUCGCAAAAUGGGUUUGCCAGACUUAGGCCUUGGCUGGUUGUGCAUUCUUUUCGUGGUGUUGACUAUCAGUAGUAUCAGCUGCUCAUACAGCGUGGCUCUUAUACAUGGACACAUUUACCCUUUCUUCCCAGCUAUCAGCGACACAGGAGCACUAUCGCCAGAAAAAUACAUUUUUCGCGAAUUGAACAACUUGGCCGCAUUCUUGUUUAUAACAAACGCUUACGUUCGGUACAUGCAGUACCAGUUGGUAGCUGAGCAGUGCAGAGAGGAGCAUAGCAAGUUGGAAAAUCUUAAUAAAUUUACAUUUGGAAUUGGAAUAUUAGCUGGGAUUUCGAUGACAUUAGUAGCGAAUUUUGAGAUACAACGGGAAAUUUCCUUUCACAACAUUGGUGCAUUUACAGGCUUCGUCAGUGCUUUAAUCUACUGCUGGCUUCAAUCACUUAUGUCCUACAAGUUACGCGACCACGGUGUCAUCAACAGCACAGCGGUUUGUCACAGUAGAACCAUGCUCUCCGCUAUCAUGACCUUCGCGUUUAUUAUCUUUUUUAUAUUUCAAACCAUAGCACAUAUUGAAUGGGACAACAGGAGACCUGACUCUCCAUAUUUAGCCAAACUCAAGUGGGGUCCCAAAGAUCCCGGAUAUAUAUGUCACGUGACUAGUAACAUCGCGGAGUGGACGAUGACCGCGGCUUUCUUCAUGUUUGUUACCACUUUUCUAAGCGAGUUUCAGCAGAUUCGAAUAACGUCAGAUAUUUCCUCGACUGAAUAUUGGGAAUGAAAUUAUUCUUUAACUACCAUAAAGAGGGACUCUACGCGUCUGACCGAGUCAGCUCUGGCCCUCGUUUGGAGUAACGAUUGAUAUAUUUUCUAUAUUCUUGCUUCGCAAUCAUUCCCAAAAGAAUAAAAUAAAAGCUAUGGCCAUCAUGUCGCAAAAUAUAGCAAAAAAAUUCAUUAGAAAUCUGCCAAAUUCUUCCAACAUGGCGGC